AUGUCGGAGGGCACGAUUUGUGUGUUUGUUCCAGCGGUGAAAUGUCCUUUGCCGCCGACGAUCGAUAACGGGAGCUACCGGAUCUUCACGUCGGGCGAGCCGGCGACCAUACCGGUACUCGGUGACGUCAUAGAAUAUUCUUGCGUGGACGAGAAUUUCGUCCUUGAAGGGGAAAAUGCGUUAACGUGCAUGUCGACUGGGUUGUACGAUCGAAAACCUCCCACUUGCAAAGAGGUGAGAAAAGUGACGGUGGCGACGCCGACACCGACUCAGAAGCCCAACUACAGACUGCCGCCAGGAGACGCUGGUGGCAUAAUCGCUCUUGGAGUAUUUGGAGGAUUCGUUUUCCUUGCUGCAGUGAUCACAACAAUUGUUAUACUAGUUAGAAGGAGAAAAAAUAACGAGCGCCUGGCUUGUUCCAUGGGAAACCAUCCGGUGAAGAUGGGGUUUGGGACGGACCCUGAUGCCGCGGAUUCCUUGACAAAUCAAAACGCGAGGAUGCGGCACGGGCAACGCUCGCAUGACAGCGACACCAUUUCGAGCAUGGACUCCAGCGGCAGCGAGAGCCGAGGCUUGAAUCGGUACUACAAACGGGCCUGGGAGAACCUGAGAGACGCGCCACCUGGUGCCCAGCAGUCGCAUCAAACCAAGUCCUCCAAGCACCUGCCUUCGGUCUACCGACCAGACACGCUGGACAGUCCGAAUUUCCGCGGUGGUUCCGUCAACGAGGGCAUGCGAGACGGCAGCGAGAUGGUCAUCAGCGACGCCUUCGCCAAGCCCGGGCAAGGCGGCGCCGCUGACAAGAAGCGCCACCAUCAUCACCACCACCACCACCACUCGCACAAGCGUCGCCAGCAGCCCGGAUAUCCGCCCGCUGGACGCGGUAGUGGCUACUGAUGAGCUCCACCGCACUGCUUCACUCGCUCCCACAACCGCUCAUGUCGAAAAGCGAAAUAACUUCCCUUACAUACCCGCUGGUAUAUCUAAAUAACUGACUGCUCUCCGUAUAUACAGCACAGUAUCUUCUCUAACUUAUAACGUGUAAAAUUCUACGAAACGUCAUCCCCCGUAUAUUAUCGUCAUCCACAAUUACAUGUCACUUUCUCAUCACUUUCUCAUUUUUACUGUUUUUUCGCUCACCAUCCCAAAUUCCGUAAUGUUCAGCCGAGAGUAUUCAUUGCAACAUUGGACCAAAAAUUUGGGUUUUUAUUGUUGCUCUUCAUAAAUGCGAAAGCAAUCAGUGUACGAUUGAAUUUAUGGCGGAUUAUUUCAUCUUGCAGCAUCCCUUCGUGAGGAAGAGUUGCAUACUUUGAAAAGUGUGAAGUUCGAUACAGUAAUUUAAUCCGCCUGGAUCGUGAAGGAAACGUCCCUCGAAGAACUGUCCUGAUAUUUUUAAUCGCCUGGUUCCAUCGCAUAUUUCGUUCAAGUUUGAGGGAUAACACAAAGAUCCUGGUCAAUUUUUGAGAAACUUAUUUGUAUUAUUAAGGUCAAUCGAUAGCGCAGCAAAAAAUAGUUUGCGCAUAUGAUUAAAGUAUUUAUGAUUAUGUUCUAUUUCCCAUCGGAAGAUGAUAAAUUUAUCAAAAGCAUGAUUACACCCGUCUUUCUGAAUUACAGGGACGAAUAAUGUAAUGAGAUAUGGUGGAAACUUGAGCAUUCAUCUUCGAUAGACCUCAACUUUAUACAUUUCCUUUUCUGAUGUUAGCUGCUUUCAAAAUUAAUUAUCCUAUCCAAGGGCGGAAUCUCUUCCGUGAUUCAUAUGCUUCGACUGCCUUUUUGAAUCACUUGAAUUAUGUUUCUGGUUGGAAUGCUGCUUUCUUGGUUGGCUUGCUGAUGAGGAAUUGUAAUUUUUUCUAGCUUUUAUUUCGUGGUGUUCAGCGGGAGUUCAUUUUGCUUUUCGACGUCCUGGUUUGCCCCACUAUCGCCCCUUCCUGUACUCUUCUCCCUCGCAACGCUUGCUAAAACGACGAGUUGGCCGGAUUUGUGAUACGUGCUUUGCUGGUUAGGUCAUUUGUGAUUCGAGAACGUCGCCUACGCAUGGCGUUAUUUAUUUUUGUUUUUGGAUGCGACGAAAAAAAAAAAAUGUUUCUCCAUUGGGACACGGGAGAAAGCGACAUUUUCGAAGGGGGUGUGAGAGGAUGAGACAAGUACGUGGAGACGACUCGUUGCCAUUAUUUGCUGCUAUCCCCUGUGCAGCACGCCAGUGCAAAUAUAUUUAUCAUGAAAACUCUUUCGGUCACAUCGGCGAGUGUCAUGAUGGUUGACGAGACCUUCGUCGACGUUCGAGCGCUUGAACCUCGUUAUAAAUAGCUAACUCAUCGCGAUGCUUUUUUUUAAGAGUUCCGCUUAGAAGACCGAAAAAUCGAAUGAAAUCGUUGAAUUUGCUUUGUUGAAUUGUAUUGUUCUCUUGUGGAUGAAUUUGGACGAGCCUGGUUGUAAAUACCCGUUAGAAUGCUGAAAAACAUCGCUUAUGUGCAUUAUUACAAAACCGAAA